AUGUCUCACGACAACCUCCCUUCCGUCUCCUUCUCCUCUUUCCACUGCCACGUCACCUCGCCACCCAAGAAGCGAGCGGACGCGUCGCGUUCGCCUCUCGUCGCUGGCGCGGACUUUCGCAGCCCGCGCCGGCCGCUUUCAGGCACAACCCGCAACAGCCGCUGCCACGGCAUGGCGCGGGGGGGGGCGUGGCUCCCGAAGUGGGAACUUGACAACGAUGACGACUCGGCGGGAGCGACGGCGGGUGAAAGAAAAGCCAGGAGGCAAGCCGGGAAACGGCCGGAGAGUGAAGUGGCUGGUAAUGGUGAAGUGAAAGAAUUCUCGGAAAUAGUUGCGGAGAGCAGGAGGACAGCAGCGGUGACCGGGACGGACGCGGGGAACGAUCAAGAGAUGGAAAUGGACGAGGCGGUCUCACCUGCUUGCGUGUUGGCCACGGCAGCGCGGGAAGCGCUUGCCAUGUCAGCGGCUGAGGGCUGCUCUUGCGAAAACGCGGAUGAUGGCGCGAGCAGCGCGGAACUCGCGGGAAUGGCGUGCGCUGGGGAUGCUGUUGCGGAGAGGGAGGGGCAGGACGUGGCGGAGUCUGAACGGAAGGUUGUCGUUCCAAACGCCUGCGGUUCCCCCUCCCUACAGGUCCCUGCAGUCUUGUCGACCGUAGAGGCGGAACUAGACCAGCGCCGGGAGGUGCUGGGGGGGAUGCUGGCGGUGCUUCGUCAACGGAUGAGCGCCCUUAGAGCCCUGGCAGGCGGAGAAGGGAGCGGUGAAAGCGGCGUAGAAGAGGAGAUUGAUAGAGUGGUGGAUGGCAGAGAGGAAGAUGAGAGAGACGAUGUGGAAGCAGAGGAGGAGGAGUCUGAAGACGGGGAUGGUCUGAUGAAUGAGGAGAGGCGAGAUGGGGAGGUCAACGACUGUGGCAAUCAGCAUCGUCGUCAGCCUCCUCAUUAG